GAUGGUAAUUCUACCUACCUACAUACAUAUCUUCGCAAGUUCUUUCUUAGUGCUGAACAAGCAAGCGUUGCAGCGAUUAAAAGCAACAGAGCUUUUACCCCGUUAUACCCUAACGACCGCUUGACUAGCGCUAGAUAUAGAGUUCGAACGAAGUCUUGGAUCGAGUUGGAAAGGAAAAAGGAGAUGCAGUAAGUAAUAUAUACAGAAAUAUAAUUAUUCCCAAACCAAAUAAAGUAGUACAUUUAAAUCGAAGCAGACUUCCUUCCCCCGGCGUAACGACCUCGUUUCUACAUGUACAUAUGAACAGUUUCUG